AUGUACAUCCCAGGGAUUACUGACAAAAACAACAAUAUCCAGUGUGAUGAAACGCGGCCGCAUUGCUUUAGGUGCGAAGCUUAUGGUGUAUCUUGUGAUUACCUAGACCAGCAAGCGUUGGUACCUCUCACCGCAGGAUCAGGUAGCCCUGUGUCUAUCACUGGAAAUGAAUGUGGCUCUAUAGACUCGGUAUUUCACAAUAUGUCAAGGGCAGAUCUUGCCGCGCGAGUCACAUCCGCUCUCCAACUAGGGUCAAAGACCAAGAUUCGGCCCUUGACGGCUGAUUCAAAAUCAAUAAUUGCCCUUCAUCAUUUUCUAAAUACCAAACAUGACAACACUCCACUCACUGAUGCUGGAGAGAAAGUUGUGGCAACAAAAAUGCUACCUUUGGCGUUCAAGGUUGCUGACCAGGCCAAUGGUGACUCUUCAUACAAAGUUCUGCAUGCAUAUCACUGGCAGCAAACCCUUAGACAAUACCAGGAGGAAAUUCGAACUAGCAUUGGUCUCCACAAUAUGGAUGGUCUAAUGUCUACAUGCAUGUUCAUGAGCAGCAUUACCUUCGUCGGCGCUGACCCCGAUUAUACCAAAUCAUGGGUUUUUACCAAUAACCCUGCAGAUCUUAACUGGCUUCUCAUCCAAGGAGGAUUACGCUUUCUCCUCAUGCACCUCAGCCGUUACCUUGAACAUAGCAUCUGGUAUGAGGUUUUUAUGGAGUCUUCAGACGAGGAAUUGUUUGGUGACCAUAGGCCGGGAAAGGUGGGCCUGCACCCAGAGCUAGCUGAAAUAUGCGGAAUAACGGAUACAACUACCGAAGAUGAUAACCCUUGUCUCUGGCCUCUGAGAAUGCUUACCCCGAUUCUUAAGCUUGAACAUAACCGGGAAAAUUUCUUCAAGAUCUUAGGUUUUAUGGGGAGACUGCUACCGGACUAUACGAAUAAACUACUUGCUAAAGACUCCAGUUGCAUGAUUAUACUCGCAUAUUGGCUCGGGAAGUUAUGCGAACGGCCUGAUACCUGGCUAUAUUCCCGAGCUCAGAUUGAAUGCUAUGCACUCUGUGCAUACCUGGAAGCACUCGGAGAUCCAAAGAUCCUUGAACUUUUGGAAUAUCCUGCUAAAAGAUGCGGCUAUGUACUCGGUCGGCUUGCACCGGUUGAUAUUUUAGACGAGUUAACCAUAAUCCCCAUGAUAUAA